GGUGUCUGUGCGCUCCGGGAGGGGAGCGGGGUGUCCGGGGUCUGCCUGGGAGCCGUGGUCACACUCAGCCGAGAAUCUGCGGAUGGAAACUUGAGAUAGGUGCCCAAGAUGAGUACACUGAAGUAUCUCUAGAACUGCUUCUUUCUGAACACAGACUAAAGGGAGGAAAUGGGAUCGCUAUGUCUGAUGUAAACAACUAACCUUUACACAGCCAAGUACAGAAGAGAGAAGAAGGAAACCCAUAUUAAUUUCCUGCAUCAGAAUCCCAGUUUGGCAGAUGGUGGGAAAGGAACAGCUGUGUCAUCAUAUUUUAAGCAAGAACCUGAGACAAAGGAAAGCUGAGUCCUGGGGCAGGGGAGCAGUUCCUGGGAGUCAUUGCUGUUAAUUUAUUUGACUUGGUGCUGGACCCCACUGCACCUGAGAGUAGGUGGCGGAUGCGAGGGUGCUUCCACACUGCACCCUGCCCUCUCAGUAUUACUGGCUGCUGUCGUACAUGCUCUCAGGUACUGAUAUAUUCCACAUUCCUGAGUCUUCCAGCAGCAAAUGAAAAAUAUGUAUCUCUUCCUCCUUUCCAUUUUAUCUUUGCUUUUGAAAGUCAGUGGCACCAAAGACGUUGUAUUUGGUCAUAAUAAUUUCACAGAAUAUCAAGUGGGCAACAUGAACCUGAUUCUCUCUGUCCCACAUGGUGGGUCAAUGGAACCUAAAGACAUCCCUGAUCGAGAGGCUGGCUGUUGGGAUGCGAAGUUAUCCUCCUGUGUUUUCUCUCAUGACUGUCCUCCUGGAAGUAUUCAAAAUUAUCAGAAAUGCAAAGUGUCUACCAACCAAGAUAGGUAUACUAUAGAGGUGGCUCAGACUCUUGCUGAAGAAAUCAACAAUAUUACUGAUGGCUUCUUCCCACAUAUCAUUAUAAACCACCUACAGAGGUUCAAGAUGGAUGCUAACAGGGAAAAGGAAGAAGCCUCCUUUGGAAUUCCCCAAGCAGAACAGGCCUGGGAGGACUAUAUGGGAUUUUUGACCACUGCAAAAUCACAGAUGUCAGGGGGCCUGAUUCUAGAUAUCCAUGGACAAGCACAUCCUGAAAGGUGGAUAGAACUAGGUUACACACUUUCAAAAUCUUCCCUUAACUCAGGUGUUUUUUCUGCAUCAUGUUCCUCAAUUAGCCAUCUGUCCAAUCAGCUAGUCAAUGUGUCUUCUGAGACCUUGGUUUCAGGGAACAGAAGUUUGGGUAAAUAUAUUGAAGAACAAAAUAACAAUUAUGUUUGUGUGCCUUCUCCAUCCAAUCCUAGCCCAAAUAAUGGGAGCUAUUAUAGUGGUGGAUACAUAACAAAGACUUUUGGUUCCCGUACUUCUGGCACCAUUGAUGCCAUUCAGCUUGAGCUACCCCAGUGGGUGAGGGCAGCUGAAGAACGUCCCAGAUUUUGUAAAGCACUGGCAAGGGCUGUAAUGAAAUUCUGGCAAACUAACUACUGCAGCCAGUACAAGCAUGAAUUUCUGCCAUGCUGAAAGAGGUUGUGUUGUUAAGGUACCUUUCCUUAAUUCAGUAAUGAUUUGGAUUAACAGAUCAACUCAUUCACCUGGAACAUUUAAGCCUGCAAUAUAAUUGUGGAUGCUGGUGGAAAGAAACUAACCUGCAAAGGGAUACAGAGACAUUGACAUAGAGAAAAUCCACAGCUAAUACCAACAAGUCCAUUAACACACAGCUUUGUACUAGAUCCAGCAUUGAAAAGACUGCUAUAAGUGGGUAUAUUUGGAAGUAUUCUGUGUUUAAUUUCUUUCCAGUGUCAUCCUCUAUUCUCUAGCACAUAAUAAACAACUAAUCCUCUAA